UAUAUAUUAAUAUUCUUUAUCAUCUAUUGACACCUAGGAAUUUAGGAGAUGAUAUUUAUGGUGUUAGUACAUUUUUGACCCAUAAAAGUAAAUUUGAUACAUGAUAAACUUAUAUGUUAAUUUAUAUAAAGGUUAAUUUUUUUUAGUGUUCAAAGAAAAAGUUAAAAAUAUUUUUUUUGACCGAACACUAGUUUUAUAAUAAUUUGCCAAAAUAUUCGACUUUUGCUUGAAUUGAGCAGGAAGAUGCUGCUGGGCUCAUCUGGCAGGCUAUGGAUUUUGUUAUUGUUGUCUCUAACGUCCAUGUAUGGCUUCUUAUCUCAACUUUUCUGGGCCUGUAAGAGUAAUAUCCUCAAAAAGAACAGAAAACGCUAGAAGGAGGGGUCGAACCUCCGACCUUGUGGUUAACAGCCACACGCUCUAACCAACUGAGCUAUUCCAGCUUGUUUGAUAUUACUAGGUUUUAAAAAUAUUUUAAAAUAUUUUAAAAUAAAUUGAAUAUGGAGGGAAUGUCACCUCUCUCAAAGCAGAGACUGAUUCAAAAUACAAAUGUCUAGAAAAACUCUUUUAACUUUAAUCCAACGAAGACGGUUUUGAUCGUCUUCUCCAGAAAGUCCUUCCCUUUACGCUUUCCUCGAACCUUCUCUCUUCUCCCAAAAACCUCUCCACGAUGAAGCAUCGAAGGCAUUUGAUUAUCGAGAUCUGGGGAAAAAGUACUUCAACGUCCUGCUCUUGUUGAACGAGAUCAAAUGUAGGAUAUCGUCAGCAGAAGCAGAGAAAAGAUCAAAACUGGACCAUGCUAAUCUAUGCGUUCUUGUAUGCAUUGGUCAAAGGAGGGUUCUUUGAUGCAAUUAAGUGAUAGAGAAAUCUCAGGAGAUGAAGAUUUUGGGUAUAAGAAAGCAUUCAUGGAGAUUCACAAGAAGCUCAGGACAAAGGACAAAAAACCAAAGUUGUUGAUUGUCUCUAGAUAGUGUUUUGACACGUGGCAUUGCUAAUAUGAGGAGCAACUUGAUUAGGAAAAAGUUUUUAGUUAAAAAAGAUGGGCUUUUAUUAAAGGAGAGCUAAUCCCUACAUUAUAGGAAUACCCUUGGUUUUAAAGAAAUCUGGAGAAAAAAAAGACCAAAUGGAUUAACUCUUUUUCAUUUUGUUCAAACCUUUGACCCUUAAGGAUUUUAUCCUUUUGUUUUGUGUUUUCAAUAUAUAUUAAAAGGUUAAAUAUUUGAUGGAUUGGUCAUUGUUCCAGCCUCAAGAAGAACACAAACUUUUAACUGUUUUAUGAUGUAUUUAGACGUUCUUCCUUUCAUUGAGGUCAAUACUUAUCAACCUAUUCGUUCUUAGAACCUUUUGUUCAUUUCCAUUUGAUUUAUAGACGGAGGAGAAGACUACUAACGGAGGCAGCCAUUGCCGGUAAAGUACAAGCAAUGGAAAAGAAUCAGAAGAAAGGACACAAUAAAAAGGGUUUUAAUCUAAAGAAGCAUAAAAAAGCUGAUCCAAGACAAACCAACAAAGGAGUGAACGAUGAGAAGCCUGUUCUGUUCCAGUUGGGGAGCAUUGCUAUGGUUAGUGAUGCUCGUCUCAAGGCAGAUCCAGAGAUCACCAACAGCAUACCUGCAUCUCCUUCCUUGUCUUCAUCAUCUUCUUCAGGGAAUAACAAUGCAAAAGAAAGGAAACUAUCAGAGUUACAAAGUUCAUCAAACACAUUUGGGUCACAAGUCUCUGGUGUGACUCAUGCAUCAUCAGUAGAGCCUGCGCUUCUUUCGUCGCCUUCUGUUCAGUUGAUGGAUAGAGAAGGAUCUGACCAAGUUUCUCAGCGAAACUCUUUACCGAUCUUGGAGAGAAGCUUGAGCGCGGUCUCGAAUGAUUCUCUGUUUAGUCUCAGCAUAGGUGAUAACGGAAUAACAAGAGAUGAGUUGUUUAGUUACCGUGACUUCAAGGCUGGAGAGCUUUUGAAAUCUAGUGAGCUAUUGUCUUUCUGCCCUUCUGUCGAUGUUCCUGUUGACUCUUCCGAUAUUGGUAAGAGCUUUGAUUUGGAGGACAAAGCGAGUGAGUUGUUAGGAAGUGACAGUGAUGAUAAGUCGUCAACCUCGGAGGUAUCGUGGAGGAACCUUGGUGAUAACUCAGACGAAGCGCCAAGCAGCACGCAGUCAGUUUCAUCUCCAAUAACAAAAAAGAAGAAGAAGAAAAAGAAGGUGAAGAAAAAGAAUACACAGCAGCAGAAGAAGAGAUGUUCUUGGUUGUGUUGCAAGGACACUGGACCGUGCUUCUCUUGUUGCCAGUGGCCAAAUUGUGAUUACGACCUCUCUUGUUGCAAGCGUCUAAAAUAUUGUUUGUGCUGCUGCGGACUGCCCCAAUGUUGCUUCUCUUCUUGUAGCUUGUUCUUUUGCUGCUGUUCCAGUUCUUCAAAGAAGUUGAUAGAUGAUGAGAUAGCUAUGCAGAAACCACAGAAGGCAGAGGUUAAAACAUCUCAUAAAUGGUUCUGUUGCUUUCCUUGUUGUGCUUCUUAGUUUAGAUUACUACCCACUAUGUUUUUUUUCUGUAGCUAAAGGGAUUAAAAGAAAAUUUAGAUUUUACACAGAUGUCAGUGUUUCUUGCUUAUUGAGACUGAGAACAGUUGUCAAGAAAAGAAGAACAACAAUAUGAUUUUCUUUUUUUUCAUCAA